GUGGUCUGCUUUUGCUCGCCCGCGUGCUCUGCUUGGGGAUCAGGCAGGCACACACGAGGAGAGGAAGGCAGGUAGCUGCGCCUUCAGCCAGCUCGGUUUGGGAACUGAAGUGUUUUUCCUUUUGCUAGUGAGCUGUGCGUGUGGGAGAGAGCGGUUAUUACAGCCGUCUUCAAGGCUUCUUCUUCUUUUAAACGUUUGUAGCUCGCUGCCUGAUGGCUUCGGGUAUAAACAAGGUCCAUCAGGCUGGGACUUGCAAUGGGUCUUCUAAAGCUACUAGUCAUUGUAGUUCAUCGGAGGAAGGCGAUCAGGAAAUGCAUAUGAAAAUGUGUAAGAAGAUCGCCCAGCUCACCAAGGUGAUAUAUGCUCUGAAUACUAAAAAUGAUGAGCAUGAGACCAGCAUCCAAGCUCUCGAAGAGGCCCAUCAAGAAAAGAUUCGGCACAUUCUUGCUGAAACGAGGGAAACCGUCCUUCAGUACAAGAGCAAAGUGGAGGAAGAACAGGAGCUCCGGAAGCGAAUCCAAACCCUUGAGGAAGCCUUGGAAAAAUACAGGAGACUGAAAGGGGAAGCGUCAGCAGAACUGACCGUGUACAAGAAACAAGUAGAAGAGAGCGAGUCAGAAAUAGAGGCUAAAUGCACAGACAAUAUAAUUUUUCUUCCCAAGGAGAUGCUUAACAUGAAGCUAGACUUUGAAAACAGAGUUCAGACUUCAGACCAGGAGUCAGAUGGACUCUUAAAUGAGUGCUGGGCAUUUGAAGGAAAGAGGCUAGAUAACAAGAGGAAGUUACGUGAAACGUACAGCAUGGAAAUGCAGGCUGUGGUGAGUGAGACAGUGACCCUCAAGCAAGAGAACCAGAAACUAGCCGAAGAAUAUGCCAAGCAAGCCAGCCAGCUCCAGGCUUCUCAUGAGAGAGAGAAGGAAACCUGGAAAAAGGUCAUGCAGCAAUCAGUGGCCGAUUCAUGCAGAGAAUGGCAGCAAAAGGAAAUAGAGCAAAGGAAAACCUACGAGGCCCGGGAAGCAGCUUCACAGCAGCAGAUAAGGAAGCUGGAGGCUGACCUGGAGGCAAAAGGCCAGCGAAUCUAUGAACUCAAAAAGCAUUCUCAGAAGCUGAAGGAAAAAAUUCAGGGCCUGGAAAUGCAGCUCAAAGAGGCCCAGCAACUGACUGUGGCAUCUAAAAGUAUGGUGAAAACACUGGAGGAGGAGCUGGUUAUAGCUAAAGAGAGGCUUCUACUGCAAGAAGAUGAAAUACGACAGAAGACAGAAUCAAUGGAAACGGCACUGAAUUUCCAAAGCAAAGCCAGGGGUGAAGUGGAUGAACUGAAGAAUCCGAGCCUGCCCCUUCAGCAGGUAUUAUCUACCAAAAAGGACCAAGGCAACCAAGGAGGCAGAGACUCACAGCUCAGGGAAGCUGCUGGUUCAGAAAAAGAAGCUGUGAAGCAGCAGCACAGAGAAGAGCUUCGCAAAAUCAAACAGGAGUCAGAUGAGGAGAAGAUGCGUUUAAAAGAGCAGCUGGUGAAGGGGCUGGAAGACCUUGUAAAGAAGCACACUCUCGAAAUCAAAUCAGUCCAAGCUUCCAUGGAUGUCGAGAGGAAGAAACUGCAGAAGGAGGUUCAGACACAGCUAGAGGAAUUAAAAAAGAAACAUGAGAAUGAGAUAAAGCAGCUUCAGAAGGAGAAAGAAGCGGUAAAUGGGAAGCUUCAAGACUGUUCUCUAGAGGUGUUAAGGCUAGAGGAUUUCAUCAGACAAAACCAGGACAUCCCCAAAUACACAGAAUUUCUUAAAUCUCAUGCAAGAAAAACCUAUGAGAGGCAACAGGAGUCCUUGCAACAAGUGCAACAGAAAGACAUUUCCAGACAUCAUAAAGAGAAAGCAAAAUGCAGAGAGCAGCAAACAGCACCCCUGGCUUUCAGAAAGGAAGAGAAAGCAAGGCUGGACUCUGGAGAUGCACUAAAAAAAGAAGAUAGGCAGAUGCUUGCAAGUUUCCAGAAGGAGAAAACUAAGGAAAUACAAGCUUUGCAAGAGGAAUGGUACUACCAAAAGACAGAAUUGCAAGCUCAAGUCACACAGCUGAAGCAAACUUUGGAUCAGCAAGCAAAUGCUUUCAGAGAAGCCCUCAAAGAACAGACUCUACAAUCUAGUAAAGAGAGAGAGAAGCUUUUGCAAGAUCUUCAGGACACCAUUAAAGAAAGUCAAGCUAUUAAAGCACAACUGGAGGCGUCUCACCAGAAAGCCAUAAAUCUUCUGGAGAAAAGCAAAACUCAAGAGCUCAAGAAGGCAGAAGAGCACUGGAAGAAGGAAUAUAAGGACAGCUUCAAGGUCCAGCAACAGACACACAGUCUGGAAAUACAGGCCUUGGGAGAGAAGGCAAGAGAAGAGUUACAGAGUGAACUUGGGAAGAUACAGAAGCAGCAGUCUCAGUUGAUAGAGUCUCUGAGAGUGGAGUUGUCUGAGCAACGGGCAUCUUGCAUAACUCACAAAGAAGAAAAUGAGCAACUCCAGGUGGAACUGAAUAAUCUGAUGAGUAUAAAGAAGCAACAGGAAGGAAGUUACCAGAAUCAGAUCAAAUCUCUUAAAGAUGAAAUGGAGAAAUGUCAGAAUGAAAUUUCAGGGCUCAAGAAGGAAAAUUCCCUUCUAAAAGACACAAUGGAUCUGCUGAGUGUAGAAGGAGAGCUACAGAAGCAAACAUCUGCACAGCUUCAAGAGAGGGUGAACCAACACAGAAGGUUAUUGGAAGAAGAACUUAAAGUCAAGCAUAAAAAAGAACUGGACAUCUUAAAACAAGAUUAUCACAAGGAAAUUCAAAAUAUGGUGUCUGAUUUCAGUAACUCACAAGCUCUUCUCCAUGCAAAGAUUGUCUCUCUGGAAAAUGAAGUUAAAGAAUUAGAUGAUAAACCGAGAAAGAGGGAGCCCGGGUUGGAAGAUGUGCAUCUUACAGGCUGCCUUCAAGAUAAAUUAAAUGAAAAGGAUGAGAUGAUCAAGGAAUUAAUGGAUGGAAGAAAACUUCAGCAUGCACUUAUGCCUGGUACAGAGCCUCGUCGCAACCGAUCCUUUUCUUUUAAUACAAAUCCUUCCACGUGUUUGACUCCUAUCGCAAAGCAGAAGAAGAAAAUAGACGAAGCGCCCAGCCGCAUUGUCAGUGUUCCAAAUUUAGCCUCCUACGCAAAAAGCUUUCUGAGUGGUGACUUGAGGCCGAAGAGAAAUCCACCUCAGAUUACAAAAUCUACAAGUUUAGAUCAGAAUCCUGGCUGUGUCCGAGUGUGCUAUCCAUCAGUACAAGCCUUGGACACCCAUCCUGCCCCAAGGUUGCAAAAUGAAACCUCAAAACCCAAAGAUGCUCAGAAACAAGACCCUCGACAUCAAGAGUGGUUUACCAAAUACUUCUCCUUCUGAAAUCAUUUCUAUAAUAUCCACCACUGAUGACAUUAAAUAUUUAUACAGUGUCCUUUAUGUGGUAUUUUUCAGAAUAAUAUGCACAAAGUAAUGUAGGCUCCUUCCAUAAAGAGCUUAUAUUCUAGGAUUUAAAAGUGGACUCAGCUGCCCCCUUUUCACAGUAUUAAAAAAAAUGAUUAGUAUGUACAUUAGCAAGAAACAAAUAUUCUUGGUACUCAACAAGUGCAUGGUAUCUGGAUUACCAGUAUUAGAGAGAAGUGUUGAUAAAUCAAAAUGUAUCGGAAGGUUAUGGGCAACUUGUAUUGGCUGUUGCACAGGAAAGCUCCUCUAAUCAAGACCUCUUGACUAGACUGCUGUAUUUCCUGUUUCUUGUCUUUUUAACAUACUUUGUUUUUAGCACAGCUUCACUUUGCUAUCUGUAAAUUGUUGCUUUUCAAAAACUAUAUUGUAUAGUACCUGGAAGUAGAAUGUAUGUAGCUGGCUGACUCGGAUGUAUGCUCUUUGUUUUGCUCUAAUGCAUUUAAAACCGCACUUAAAUUAUUUAAUUUAUACUAUAAUAAUAUAAAAACAAUAUGUAUUUAUACUGAAUGCAUACAACUAUUUAUAACCUUGCAGUGACUGAACAUAUCAGUGUCAUGUCUUUUAAAAACUGCAUACUUACUACAUCCUGAUAUAUCAGGGAUGUCUCAGUGAGAAUGUGCUUUUGUCCCUUAAGAAUUUGGAACACAAGAAGUUCCACAGGGAUUGUAAACCCGCCCCUGCUACCUAUUCUUCAGACACAGUGUUUGUUCGUGUACAGAUACAAAUUCUGUACUUGCGGAGAAAUCUCUUGUGAACCAGUAGGGAGGACUUCUCUCCAACUACAGCAUUUAUCUCUUAAGACAGCAGAGGCUGUACCUGGUCACGAUGCCCGUGGUUUUAACAAUGCCUGAAGAGAGCUUUACUGUCACAUCAUUAAAAUAAAAACAGGCUCCACUAAGAGCCCACUUGAUGUUAUUAAAAUAAAGUUAGGUAGACAGUUUUAUUUCCAUUUGUUCAUGUAUACUUUGUUCUCUGCUUUGUUGAUUCAGAGUGCUCAGGAGCAGUUGUUUAUUUGCAAACAGUUCCAUCAAAUUAAAACCAUUCAAGGUUUGCUACA